AGUAUGAAGAAAUCGUAUUUUUCUUUAAUAUAAGCACUUAUAGCUGCAUUUCGAGCACCAGAGACUAGUAACAGUCGCCUUUUAGAGUAUAUUAAAUAAAGAUGUGCAUUCACGAGCUGCGCUUAUGUUGCGUGUUACUCAUACUAGUAAUCGUAGGAACUCAGUCAAGCCUACAGCACUCAUUGCCUACAGAUCCCACGUAUAGUGCCGGUGUGGUUGAAUUUAUACCAUCACCCGGUGAGGGACAACCGAAAGCCAAAGAUGCGCUCAGACGCGUUAAAGGCAUUAUCGAAUCGAAUCUUACCAGCGGCUUGGACAUACUCGUUUUUCCCGAAUAUGUGCUAAACGACUACUCCUUACUGACUUAUGUGCCGGAUCCAGCGCUCAAUAUUACACCAUGUGAUGUGCCAGAUUACGACUUCAUUCUCACAGAAUUGUCUUGUGCAGCGCGUUCGCGUCAAUUAUAUUUGGUGAUACAUGUGAAGGAGAAAGUCUACUGUGCUAAUGAUCCGCUACCUGUUGGUCAUUGCAAUGUGAGCGGCAUAAACACCUACAGCACAAAUGUGGUGUUCGAUCGACAGGGGCGCGUCAUAUCGCGUUACCGUAAGACCAAUCUCUUUCGUUAUGAAUGGUAUAGCGUGAAUGUGCUGCCACAACCGCAGCUGGCGACAUUUACUACCGAUUUCGGUGUGACUUUCGGACAUUUUAUAGGUUCCGAUUUUCUCUUCUGGCAACCGGCGCAAGCGUUGAUCAAAGAGCUUGGAAUAACAGAUAUAAUCUAUGCAACACACUGGUUUAACGAGCUGCCCUUCCUCACAGCCGUGCAGUUGCAGGAGGGUUGGGCGUUCGCAAACGACGUCAACUUACUUGCCGCAGACGCUAGCAAUCCCAGCGGACAAACUAGCGGUUCAGGUAUUUAUGCCGGACGACUGGGACGUCUGAAAGCGGUAAUUUAUGAGCAACCCACCACACAACUGCUUACCGCGAGCGUGCUCAAACGCGCCUACCGCCAAAAUUAUCAAGCGUCGCCGGUGCCACAGUCCAAUUUCAUACCGCAGGUCACUACACCGCGUCUCACCAAACUCGAUCUUCAACGCGAUUACAAUGUGGACAUUUUUCAGACACAAUUACUGGACAUCGACUUCACAGCCGUAAAUGCAACGCUGUGUUACGACAAACAGUUCUGCUGUAAUUUUCAGAUAUCGCGCACACCGGUCAGCAGUUAUCGUGUUUAUGUAGCCUACCGUUAUCGCCUUGCAGCCUACAGCGGCACACAGGCAACGGUUCAGCGCUUGGAAACUGCAGCAUUGAAGGUGUGCGCCGUGAUCGCUGGCACCAGUGCGGAGUUGUACAGUUGUGGACACAUCUUUCCAGCUGGCAACACAGUUGUUAAUACACACUAUUUCAAUGCGUUGAAAGUGCGCGCCUCAUUUCCGCAGGCGCCGCGGCGACUCAUUAUGCCGACUAGUGUGGAUGGCAGCAUGUUGCCGUUGCCAGUGCAUAUGUAUAAAUGGCAGGAAGUGGAAAGACAUAACCUCACUGAUGUAACCAUUAGUCUGUUAUCGCCGAAACUGGAUUUGCUCACUUUCGGCAUUUGGAGCAAUUAUUUUCUGAACAAAGUGAAUCAACACAAUUUGGAUCCUAUAUUGUUGCCAGCGCAGCAAACCAGCGGAGCGGCAACUGCUUUGAAUGGCCUAAAGCUAUUAACACUAUUGUGUUUAGUCAAAGUGUUCUUUCAAAAUCAGCUUUGAAACGAAAUUUGAAAGAGAAAUGUUUCGUCCGUUCUCAUUUUCAUUUUUGUCCUAUUAAAUGAUUUUUAUUUACACA